AUGCGUCAACUGAAAACAGGCAGACGUCCUGGCUACAUCCGCAAGUAUCAAUGGCUAGAGUACACUGACGAUGAUGAGCUCCCAGAGAAAGUUUGCAACUGCUCAGCAAUCCUGAAGGGAGAGAAGGAAGAAUUGCAGAAAGCCAAACUACUGACCAUCACCAAAGACUUCCAGAAGAAUAUUCAUAUUCCUGAUGAGUAUUAUAUCCAUGCAGCCCAAGACUGCAGGAAAUUCAAAUUAACCAGGAAAUACAUAACAUUCCCAUUAAGCAAGGAAGAAGAGGAGUUUCCUUUGGCUUACUCUAUGGUUGUACAUCACAAGGUUCACAGCUUUGAGCGACUACUGCGAGCUGUCUACGCACCUCAAAAUAUUUAUUGUGUCCAUGUGGACAGAAAAUCACCAGCCUCAGUCUUUGCUGCCAUCAAGGCCAUUACUUCCUGUUUCCCAAAUGUGUUCAUGGUCAGCAAGGCUGUGAAUGUGGUCUAUGCUGGCUGGACACGUGUACAGGCUGAUCUUAACUGCAUGGCUGAUCUCUAUAACACCAGUACGACAUGGAAAUACUUCAUCAACCUCUGUGGUCAGGAUUUCCCUCUAAAAACUAACUUGGAAAUUGUGCAAGCUUUGCGUUCACUAAAAGGAGGUAACAGUUUGGAGUCGGAGGAAAUGCCUCAAGAAAAGAAGAAACGGGUAACUAAUGCUUAUGAAGUAGUUGAUGGAAAAAUCCAGCGAACAGGAAAAACAAAGGAUCCAGCUCCCUUCAAUCUGCCCAUACUAUCAGGAAAUGCCUACAUUGUGGUCAACCGAGGUUACGUUCGCAGUGUUUUGGAAGACAAGCGAAUACAGGCCCUCAUUGAGUGGGCCAAAGACACCUACAGUCCUGAUGAGUUUCUGUGGGCAACAAUACAGCGAAUACCUGGUGUUCCUGGCUCAACGUGGCCCAACCGUAAAUUUGACAUGACAGACAUCAAUGCAAUUGCACGGAUGGUGAAGUGGCAGGGGCACGAGGGGUCAGAGGGUUCUCUGCAAGCAGUAUACCCAGAAUGUAAAGGCCACCAUGUCAGAUCAAUAUGUGUGUAUGGUGCUGGAGACCUGCAGUGGUUGAUUGAACAGCAUCACCUUUUUGCUAAUAAGUUUGAUGCAGACAGAGAUCCCAUUGCUAUCUACUGCUUGGAGAAAUAUCUGAGACACAAUGCACUGAUAGAGUUAGUUUAG